UCAUUUCCUAAAGAAUUUAAUACUUAUCUCGCGUUCAAUGCAUUGAUAAAUGUAAAUAUUUUAUUCAUAAUUCAAUUUACAACUUAUUUAUUAUACAACUAAUAUAACCACAACACAAAUGGCAAAUCCGGUGAUUAUAUUCGUGAUCGGAGGGCCCGGCUCUGGGAAAGGCACCCAAUGCGAGAAAAUUUGCAAAAAGUACGGUUUCACUCACUUAUCGACCGGCGAUUUGCUUCGCGAGGAAGUGGCCUCCGGUUCAGACUUAGGCCAGAGUUGUAACGAAGUCAUGAAAAAAGGUCAACUCGUGUCCAAUGAACAGGUGUUUGCGCUCCUCAAGAAGGCCAUCCACAACAACCGCCGCACCAAUGGAUUCCUGAUCGACGGAUUCCCGCGACAG